CUGACACAAUUGUAAAAAGUAUCGGACAAAAUGCAGGGAACGAUUUUUAUCCUGCUUUUUUCGGCCUGUGCCUUGGCACAGAUUAGACCACCGCCUCCGAUUAAUCCGCUUUCUGGAAAAAAACGGGGGACGUGUCCACUGUCUCGGCUAAACACCACAUGUGAAUGUAAUGAAGCUGAUAGGCGGUGUAAAUGGGACAAAGAAUGUCCAGGAGUACAGAAGUGUUGUUCCUUUGGUUGUGCUUGUAAGACUCGUUGUGUGCUUCCUGUAGGAGUGAGAUUAGGGAAAGUGUGUCUAUACAAUGGAAGAAAAUACAAACAGGGAGAAAAAUUUCCCUCUGAAGACGGGUGUAACACGUGCAUUUGUUCUUCCAUUGGAAAAGCCAUGUGCCCGAGAAUGGCUUGUAUUGGCCAGGACAUAUGUUCCCUACCGAAAGUAGUCGGCCCUUGCCAAGAAGCGUUAGGACGGUGGUGGUAUAACAGAGGAACGAAUCGCUGUGAAAGUUUUACCUACGGCGGGUGUCAGGGAAACAAGAAUAACUUCCAGUCAAUAAGGGAGUGCAACACACGAUGUAGAAAGGGAACAAAUCGCCCCUCUCGUCCCGGCCGUAUUCGCCUUCCCGGCCCUUCACGCCGUAUUCGACUUCCGGGCCCUACACGUCGUAUUCGACUUCCGGGCCCUACACGCCGUAUUCGCCUUCCCGGCCCUUCCCGCCGUACGCGCCGACGACGCCGUAUUUAAAUUGGAUGAAGAUCAUUCCAUUUGGGAUUACGAAAAUGAGGAAAUUUAUUGUACAAGAAGUUAAACCAUAUUUUGCUGUGUUACUGCACUAUUUGAAUAAUAAAGAUAUAAAGUUUAA